AAAAUAAAAACUACAAAAGAAGAGACAUAUAAUAGAGAGGUACAAAAAAGGUUAAAGAAACAAUUAAAAGAAAUGAAGAGUUUUUGCUCCAAGGCACCCUUAAUUUUCCUCAUCACUUUUAUAAUUAUCACAAAUUGCAUGUUCUCCGAAGCACAAAAAUGUCGCCCAAGCGGCCGAAUCAUAGGGAAGAAACCUCCUCCAGGACAGUGCAACCAAGAAGAUGAUUCGGAUUGUUGCUUGCAAGGCAAGGUAUACACAACCUACGAAUGUUCGCCACAAGUGACAGCCCAAACAAAGGCCUAUCUCACACUUAACAGCUUCCAGAAAGGUGGAGACGGCGGCGGCCCUUCAGAGUGUGACAACAAGUACCACCCGGACGACACUCCGGUAGUAGCCCUGUCAACAGGAUGGUUCAACAAUAAGAGCAGGUGUCUAAACAACAUUAGGAUCAGCGCGAAUGGGAGGAGCGUGGUGGCGAUGGUGGUGGAUGAGUGUGACUCAAGAAAGGGGUGUGAUGAGGACCAUGAUUACCAACCUCCUUGUAAGAACAACAUUGUUGAUGCCUCUAAGGCUGUUUGGGAAGCAUUGGGUGUACCACAUGAUCAAUGGGGUGGCAUGGACAUUACUUGGUCUGAUGCUUGAUGUUGUAUCCAUAUGGGUUGAAGUGCAUUCACAUGUUUGUGUUUCUAAUUUUCUAUGUUGUAAUUUAAUGAUUAUUAUGUUAUGUCAUGUUUUGUUUUGUUUGUAAACCUAUUUGUAUCAUAAUAUAUGUUGUCAAAUA